AGGCAAACGAGGAAGACGAAGCGUUUGAAGACAAACAAACAAUCAGGCACACCACAUGUGUGACUUCACAUCACUUCACAUCACACCUCACUUGGCGCAGCAAAUCAAGGAUGCUGGCCGGCCUUCCGCGCUUCUGUCUCGUUCCACAGUAGCCCAUACAAUGCACAUAUUUCUUCGUUCGUUGAUUGGCACCUGAUUUGAGCAGAGUGCGAAAGACAGCUUGCCCUCUGUGAUCGCCACAUCACGCACGAAUGGAAGGAUCGGUGAUGAACCUAGUGAUUGCUUGUGUUGUUCAUUGUGUUGUGAUUGAUUGAUGGCUUGAUUGCUUGAUCAUCACGGCCUUUCUUCCGCCAGCAUUGAUGUGCCGUGGCAUUGACCCUGUCUCUUGCUGCCUUUCUUUUUCCUUCGAAAGCCUCGCUUCUGUGCUCGGUUUGUUUGCGACCCAGCGCUUGAACUUGUGCUUUGCGUCGUGUUUCUUGUGGUGGGUGAUGGCUGUCGAUGUUCAUUUUUUCUCUUCACGACAACAACGACGAAGACGACAAACAGAGCCAGCCGAUCAGCAAGCGAACGAGAACAAGUACAAACAGAUACAAGCCACCGAGCAACCAAGUCGGCAAACCAAGUACCAAGCAGACAGCAACCAUGCCCAACCCAGGACGCACCACCACCCACCAGGAAUCGCCAACGACGUUUCCUGCGUUCCAGAGCAAAGAAGUUGGAUCGAACGCGUCGCUCGGGCGCAGCGACGACGACAUCAUCCGCGAUGCGCCAAGUCACGAGUACCAGAAGGCCGUGGACGACAUUCGGCAGCCGCGCCAGCCGAGCGCGCUUGACGAUGCGAAGCAGGGCGCUCAGGGCAGACUGCAUCGCAUGAACCAGGCCAUUGGCCUCGAUCGCAUCCCCGUCCUCAACGACCAGACCCUCCAGGAAGGCGAACAGAAGCGGCAGUUUUCGGAGGCGAUGCAGUUUGACAACGACGAGCUGCAAGCAAAGGAGGACUUUCAAGAUGUCCACAAGCCCAUGCGCGUGAAGACCAAGGAGGCCGUGGAGGCCGGCUAUGGCAACCUCAAGGAAGGUGUCCAGACUGGUGCCCGCAAGCUGGCGCAGGCCACCGUUGGCCGCGAUCACUUUGCCAAGAGCGAGGAGGCUCGGUUGAAGCAAGGGGAUGUGCGAGACCGUGCGGAGGACAUCCAACACCAGCAAACGGAACUGGAAGCAAAAGACCCGUCCUUCUAAACAAACAACCAAACACACAGUCACUCUCCCCUGCCUCCGCCUGCACGCUUCUUCCCUCUUCCGUGUCUUUGUGUGUGUGCGUGUGUGUCUCAUAGCCACUGCUGUGCAUUGACGUGUGCAUGCGCAUGUGCGUCUCUGUUGCAUCUGGAUGCUUACGCAAAACGAACAACACAAACAAACAAACACAAACAAACACAAACACUUUUUGCCGCACGAACGAUGUUUGGUACAUAACUUUGAAUAAAUUUCUACAAUGACGCCA